UUUGUACUUUGUUCACAUUUGAUGGUUUAAACCAGAAAUGUUUCUCAUUUGAUUAAUUUUAUUCUAGGUUUGUCAAUAUGUCUCCAUCAGGAGUGGUUGUAGUGUGUGACUUAAUGAUAGUGUGUAACUGUAACUUUGUUGUUUUGUGCCAUCAGGCUGUCAGGCUGUCUGCUCUCAGAGGAAGCUUGUGUCUCUCUGGCCUCAGCUAUGAGCUCCAACCCCUCCCAUCUGAGAGAGCUGGACCUGAGCUACAAUCAUCCAGGAGACUCAGGAGUGGAGCUGUUGUCUGCUGGAGUCAAGGAUCCACACUGGAGACUGGACACUCUCAGGGUGGAGCCUCGUGGAUUCCGAUACUUGACACCAGGUCUGAGAAAAUAUUUCUGUCAACUCACCAUCGACACAAACACAGUGAACAGACAUCUACAACUGUCUGACAACAACAGGAAUGUGACACUAGAAGAGGAGGAUCAGUCAUAUCCUGAUCAUCCAGACAGGUUUGACUGGUGUCAGCUGCUGUGUAGUAAUGGUCUGACUGGUCGCUGUUACUGGGAGGUUAAGUGGAGAGGAAGAGUUCAUUUAUCAGUGAGUUACAGAGGAACCGGAAGGAAAGGACGCAGUGAUGACUGUUUGUUUGGAUUCAAUGAUCAGUCCUGGAGUCUGAUCUGCUCUAAAGGUGGUUACUAUAUCAGACAUAAUAAUACAUUUACACCCAUCUCCUCCUCUGUGUCUCACAGAGUAUCAGUGUAUGUGGACUGUCCUGCUGGUUCUCUGUCCUUCUACAGAGUCUCCUCUGACAAACUGAUCCACCUUUACACCUUCAACACCACAUUCACUGAACCUCUUUAUCCUGGGUUAGGGUUCUUGUAUCCUGGUUCCUCAGUGUCUCUGUGUGAUGUGUUGUAGUGAAAGUUUGAUCUUGAUUUUCUUUUCCCUGAUCUUUCAUUUUCCUCUUUUAUUAAAAUAAAUUGCAAAAAUGUC